UAUACAGCUGUAAACUAUAUAAUAUAUAUAUACUAUAUACACGUCGUGUAAUAUUAAUUUAAAUAUAUACAGUACACUAGUACAGGAUUUAUCCAGCACCUAAAAUCUAGGUUAUCCAGACCCUAGUUUCUAAAAUUACCACGCCACACCGUAGCCAUUUUACAGUAAAACACUUUGACAUCGCCGUUACAAACCUUAAGGCACCUCUACUAGAGUGCCUUUAAAAAUAGUCUACAAACCACAAACGUAAUUUCAAAAAUUGUUUGCAUUUUUGCACGUGUUUAGAUUCGUGGCGGAGAGAAAUGAAUAAUAUCAUACCGUUAAAUCUUGGCAUUCUAUAUAAAAUACAAAAUAGUAUGUUGCUAUAGGAAUAUUAUGUGUGAUACAUAAAAAAAACAAGCGAAUUACCAAUAUAAAACGACAUUAGCUAGACAAUCGAACGAAAUUCACUAUAUACCCAACACUAACACCCCUAAAAAGUUUAACGACCUGAACGAUGGGACAAAAUGAGCAGUCGUGCAAGUCGAUCCGAUGCUGUUGCAAACUGAUAUCAAAAGUCGAGGAAAAACCGGCCGCCCCGGUGGUGGCAACGAAACCGCGGAAUAAUGGCUGCGGUGGUCGAGCGGAACGCCCUGCACAAAUGAGUCUAUGUGAUUUCUUGAAAACUCAACCGAUCCCGGAUUGGAUCAAAGUGAAUGAUUUGCGUCAGCAACAGCAACCGAACCAGCAGCGUCCAAUGCAACCCUGCGCGCCCGACCAACCGAAAGCAAGUUCCACCUCUGAAGACGUGCAAUCGUCGCAGAUCAUCAUCAACUUCGGGACGGUCGUGACCAACGGACCGUGCAAGCAAGACUCGUGUCAGCAGACCGAUCCAGAAGUCCAGCAAAAAGUAUGUCCGAUCAUCGUCAGUCCUGCACCGGCUAAACCUUCGAUGCCCUGCAACUGUCCACCAGCUAAACCUUCGAUGUCCAAAUGCCCACCGGCCGAUCGUCCGGCGUUCAAAUGUCCACCGGCCGAACGUCCGACGUCCAAAUGUCCACCGGCCGAUCGUCCGACGUCCAAAUGUAUACCGGCCGAUCGGUCGACGUCCAAAUGUCCACCGGCCAAUCGUUCAUCCGUCGGUCCUGUACACGCAACACAACCUCCGGCUGCGCCUGCCCGUGACCGUUGCAGUCGGGAAAAAGCGGCUGUCUCGAGUCCACCACCGAAAACCUGUCCCGAAUCAACAGUCAAAAAGGAUAAAUGUGCUUGCAACUGUCACUCGAACUAGACUAUACUGAAACUGGAAAACACAUUACGGCAAUGAGAAAAAAUAAUCACUAUUCCCACGUAUCUCACUAUAGUGAGGUCGUCGACAAACGAAGAACGUAACACUCUAUAAUCAAAAUUAUAUUAUACUCGAUUUCAAAAUACUCAUUAUAUGAUAUUAAAGUUUUUACAUUGAUCACGUCAGUCCUUCAUAGGUCUCUAGCAGUAUUGGUCUUUCUCUAUUGGUAAGUAUCGUUAAACUCGAGUGCUCUUUUAUAAUUUCCAGUAUACUUUUUUCGGGUACGGUGAACAACUUCCAAAGACUCGUUGUAGCAAACACGGUUUGUAUUAAAGAUGUUAUAUUAUCAUACCUAUAUACAAGCAAUUUUAUCGGUAAAUUGAGCCACUCGGCGAUUUAUCUGAGGUGUAGCCGUGUAGUUUCUGUGUGUUUGGGAGUAUGAGACCAUCAAUAUAAAUUAUAAUUUUAUUAGGUAUAAUAAGUAACAACUAAUAACGAAUAUUUAUUCGAUCGACAGACAUGA